AAUCUGAGACCUUGGUCAUCUGGAAUUUUCGUACGGUAGCUUAGGAUCGAAAAUUCUGCGAUGGAGCAAACCUGUUAUUAUAAAAUUUUAGGUAUUGAAAAAACUGCUUCAGGUGAUGAGAUAAAGAAGGCGUAUCGACGACUGGCACUUAAAUGGCAUCCAGAUAAGAACCCAGACAAAAAGGAAGAAGCAGAAAAAUGCUUCAAACUCAUAAGUGAGGCAUAUGAAAUUCUUUCGGAUCCUAAAAAGCGUGACAUUUAUGACAGACGCGGCAGGGGUCCUCAUGCUGGCGAGGCAUUCGUAUUCGAGGAUUCUGAUCCUUUCUCAAUGUUUACGCGGUUCCGCUUUCGAGAUCCCAUGGAUAUAUUCAGAGAAGUUUUUGCGGGCUCUGGGCUCGAUUCUUUCUUUGGCCCCAGUAUUCAUGACUUCCAAUAUGGUCCUCAGUUGGGUCGAACUCACAGGUCCAACUCUCAUCGCAACGCUGGGCGACAAUCGGGAUCUCCUUAUCAUCAUGCCGGACGUUCUAGUCAAGUGCAGAGCUAUGAUCCCAUGCUCGCAAACCCUUUCAUGGGUGGACUCUUUGAUUCUCCGUUUGGUGGGUCACUGUUUAGUCCUUUAAUGGCUUUUACCGAUUCUGGGUUCGGAAAUCCCCAGGGUUCUUCAUCAACCUCUGUCUUCAGUAGCUUUGGUGGGUCUUCAUGUGCGGGUGGUUUCAGGUCAGUUUCAACAUCGUCCAAGUACGUAAAUGGGAAAAUGGUUCGUGUGACAAAAGUGGUAGAGAAUGGUACUGAAACCAUUACGGAAGAAGUAGAUGGUCAAGUAACUAACCGAACUGUCCGUCAAUGUGGAAAUGGGGCCCUGCAAGCAAUGUGAUUUAUCUUCACACGAAAUAUACUUUGUUCGCAUAGUAAAACUAUAUUAAUUUUGUAUAAUCAGUUUCACAGUUAUUUGUUGAGGUUGAUAAAGUAAUAUUUAUGUUGUCUAAAUGACUGUCUUAAUGCGUCCAAUUUAUUGUUACGUCUAUUGGAUACUUUGUUCUUCAACUGCACUUAAGACAUACCACAUUCGAAUCCUCUUAUAAUACUUAUAUAAAAUAAAUAUAUCCCACUGAUUUUGUUGUUUAUUUUCACUUUUCAUUUCAAGGUAUGAUAUUCGUGUGGAAUCGCUUAGUUGUGUCGUCAAGUCUCGGUUAGCUAAAAUCAUUACAAAUCAUUACUGCAGGAAUAAUCCGCAUCAAUACAUAGUUUGGUAAUGAUAACCAGCUGGACAAAUUGAUCGUCCUAUCAAGUUUAUCAGCUUUGGUCUGUUAGUGACUACAGAAAUACUGCAAUUUUUGAUCAUCGUAAAAUUAAGCCACGUAUCGAGCGUGCACGUCACCCGAUUGUCUACUAAAGAAGUUUUAUACGGUGAUAUACUAUGUAUGACUUAUAAUGACAAUACAGCCGCUAAGAGCUAAACGCACAUUUAUGCUGUAAAUAUUCGAUCAUAGUUGUCGUCGGAGCAUUUCUCAAAUUAGUGAUGGAAGUUUCUGACACUAAAUAAACUUAAAUCAGCUGCAGCGACUGUGACGUGUAUUACAAAUUCGUAGUGAUUUGUGGGCGACAAUGAUAGUGAUUGGUUGUUUGCUUAGUCAAACUUAUAGACAGUCUGACAGGCAUUAGGUGUCAGCUUUCAAUAGCAUUUUGGAGGUGCAGUCAGCUGUUCAAUUGGAUUGACAUUCGACAUGGUUAUCAAACUAGACAUUCUGGUGUUCAUACGCUUACUAAGUACCACAUUUUGGAAUACUGUGAUCAAAGUGAGCUGUUUACAUUUGUACAAUUACAAUUUUUCAUAUGUUGAACAAAACACAAGUGAUAUCAGUAUAAUGCAUGUCUUUUUUACAAUUCUGUAGAAUAAACAGGCUACAAUCUCACUAGUUUUUUUACGAUAAAAUUUAAACACUAAGUAGAAACUUGGAAGCCAUUUCUUAAAAGAUAAGAAAUCUGACUACCAACUCUAUAAAAGUGCAAAUUCAUUGCAUUAAAAUUUGAACGAUAUGAAAAUAGAUCAAUAUCCUAAGUAGGUAUGAUUCCGAUCAAUUUUAUUUUUAACAAUAAUGAUAUGACUAUUUGAAGCGUGAUGUAAAGAUUUUCUGCAGACUGGUAAUAGAAACCUGAAUUACUUACAAUGACAUAAACAUCAUUGGGUUCCUCUUGAUAAAAUUAAAUACAAAUUCAUUAUUAAAAACACACCAAUGCUUUGCAAAAGACAUUAUAUAUGACAUAAACGAACAUAAAAAGGCUUUAUAAGGAAUACUUAGAAAACAGGCUAUUUAGUUCACUCUUUAAAGGUUUGUCAUUGGCACGAAACCUAUCCACCUUUGGUGGGAUUACAUUCAAGAAUGAUGUGAAAAAAAUCUGCAAUAUAGGGGAAGGUAAGAAACCCUUUAACAGGUUAGUAAUGUGAUGAAAUAGUCCUAACUCCUUAUCUGGCUGUCUCAUUACAGUAACACAGUGAGGCUGUUAAACUCAGUAACUCGAUAUUAUGGUGUACCAUUGGAAAUAGAAAUAAGACGAAAAUCUGAAUAUGACUUCCGAUUUUCUUCCUGAUAUUCAGUAGAGUUUGUCG